ACUGGCUCGCGUGGGAGCUCCUUUUAUUAUUAAAAAAAUCAACAAAUCGGCAGAAAAGCCAAGCCAAAAUGAGCGAGGAGGAAUUCCUCGAGAUAGAACCGCUCGGGUAUGCGACCGACGAUGAGGUGGAAUCAUUCAUAGACGUCGAACCCAAAGAACCGAUACAAGAAGACAAGCCGGUGAAUAAAACCAAACGACUCGUUUGCAUGAUUGAGGGCUGUAGCUACAAGACGGACAGGAGACGGGAUAUGCGUCGACACCGUCGUUCGCAGAAGCACAUCCGUGACAUGGCGAAUAUUGCCGAUUCGGACUCGGAUUUCGAGAGACCUUUGUACAACUGCCCCUUGUGUUCGUAUACGACAGCGAAGAAAUUCUGUUUUGACCGGCACAAUAUGUCGACGAAACAUCGAUGCAAGGUGGAGUCACAAGGGGAUCCAUUACUGAGAAAACAGAAAGUUAAGAUAUUGCAAUCGGCGCGCCGUGACACCACAUCAUCGCAGGAAUCCGAUGGAGUCAUGUACACCUGUGCGGCUUGCGAAUACACAACACACCGCAAAGAAUCCUUUAAGCUGCACAAGACGAAGCGAAAGCAUCGCUAUAUAAUGGAUAUCAUGAAGCAGAACAAUCAAAUCAUCACGUCCGGACCCAUGGCGCAGGGUGACGAAGUAGAAUACACACCGCCAGAGUCUGAGGACGAAGCGGUCUUGCCCUGGAAUGCGCCGUUUUACUGCGACCUUUGUGAAUACCAAACCAACACUCGAUAUAGCUUUCUCCGCCACAAAAAGUCGAAAAAGCACCAAGCAAGAGUUCAGGAAAUCGAGGAUAUGGAAGAAAAGUCUGACAGUUUACCGGAUGCUGACACUUUCGUAACUUCCGAGCCGGAGGUGCAGCAGGAACAGGAGCUGGAGUACGAGGAGACCAUUGAAUACGAUCCUUUGGUGCAAGAGGAAGUGGUGGUGGAGCAGGAACCAGAUUUCCAGGAGAUCAUUUAUUUGCCCGAAGGGGAAACGGGCGAGGAGCAACAUUACUUCAUAGUGUUGAGCAACGACUAGCAGAGCACUUUUUCUGCGCAGAUUUCACGCGCACGCACUGGGGAACUUUGUUUAACGUUUUUUAUGUUUUUCUCUGCACAUAAACUGUAAAUUAAGCACAAAAAAAUAAAUAGAGCAUUGAAUUAUGUUUGAACAGUAACUAA